UCUAACUUAACCGUUGGUACAGCGAGAGGAGCAGGAUGUAGCGGUACCAGCUCUCUUCACAUCAAUCCAACCACCACAAAAAGCCCGUCUUCCUCUCUAUCAAUGUCGUCGCGGUGAGAGUCUGCUGUUUCUAGCUGUGAGAUAUGAUGGCUGUUAUUCGGAUUAUCCACUAAUAGAAGAGAUAAAACAUGUCCAACAUCCUGGAUGCGGCGGUUGGAGUGAAAUGGGACCGAACAACCGCAGCGAAGCGAGCCGUGAUCAUCGCUGCUGCCGCCUACGGACUGAAGACUCUCUAUCCAGUCAUCUGCAGGCAGCUCUGCAGCAAGAAAAGCACCGAUAAAAACCCGUGUUUAAAGGGUGAAAACGGCUGUGUGAAAACCCAAAUAUGUGCUUCGGAUCACACCAAGAAGAAGAAGACAUCUCCAGCUGUGAAUGCGGAGUUCUUCCAUCAGAUCCUGGAGCUCAGUAAGAUCCUGUUUCCAAAGCUAGUCUCCAGAGAGCUGGCUUUGCUGUCUUUACACUCUGUGGCUCUCAUAUCGAGGACCUUUCUGUCUAUAUAUGUGGCCAGUUUGGAUGGGAAGAUAGUGAAGACGAUAGUGGAGAAGGAGCCGAGGAGCUUCAUCAUGCAGCUGAUGAAAUGGCUCCUCAUCGCCAUCCCUGCAACCUUCGUGAACAGCGCCAUCCGGUACCUGGAGUGCAAGCUGGCUCUGGCCUUCCGGACCCGGCUGGUGGACCACGCAUACCGGACCUACUUCACCCAGCAGACCUACUACAGAGUCAGCAACAUGGACGGGAGGCUGGCCAAUCCGGAUCAGUCUCUCACUGAAGAUGUCAUGAUGUUCUCUCAGUCUGUAGCUCAUCUUUACUCCAACCUCACCAAGCCCAUCCUGGACGUGAUGCUGACCUCCUACACGCUGAUCCAGACCGCCCGGUCCAGGGGGGCCAACGCCAGUGGACCGACCCUGCUGGCCGGGUUGGUGGUGUUUGCUACAGCCAAAGUGUUGAGGGCAUGCUCGCCCAAGUUUGGGAAGCUGGUGGCCGAGGAGGCUCACAGGAAGGGCUACCUGAGAUAUGUGCACUCCAGGAUCAUUGCUAAUGCUGAGGAGAUAGCUUUCUACAGGGGACACAAGGUGGAGAUGCGUCAGCUGCAGAAGUGCUACCGAGCCCUGGCGGACCAGAUGAACCUGAUCCUGUCAAAGCGUCUCUGGUACAUCAUGAUCGAGCAGUUCCUAAUGAAGUAUGUGUGGAGCGGCAGCGGGCUCAUCAUGGUGGCCGUGCCGAUCAUCACAGCCACCGGCUUCGCUGACAGCAAAACAGCAGACGGGCGCACGCAGGUGAUGGUGAGCGAGAGGACGGAGGCUUUCACCACCGCCCGCAACCUCCUGGCAUCGGGAGCCGACGCCAUCGAGAGGAUCAUGUCCUCCUACAAAGAGGUCACGGAGCUGGCAGGCUACACCGCACGGGUCCACAACAUGUUCGUGGUGUUUGAGGACGUCCAGAGGGGCGUUUACAAGCGCUCCACUCUGUCAGCCACGACAGGAGCAGAGAAGAAGAGCAGGCCUGAGAUGCACAUAGAUGGACCGCUGGAGAUAAAGGGUGAAGUGAUAGAUGUGGACAACGGCAUCGUGUGCGAGAAUGUCCCCAUUAUUACGCCGAACGGGGACGUAGUAGUGUCUUGCUUGAACGUCAAGGUGGAAGAAGGCAUGCACCUAUUGAUCACGGGGCCUAACGGCUGUGGGAAAAGCUCUCUGUUCAGGAUCCUCAGCGGCUUAUGGCCCGUCUACGGCGGCCGCCUACACAAACCCUCUCCUCAACACAUGUUCUACAUUCCUCAGAGGCCAUACAUGUCCAUGGGUUCACUGCGGGACCAGGUGAUCUACCCAGACUCAGUGGAGGACAUGGCUGCCAGAGGCCUCAGUGACAAGGACCUGGCUGCCAUCCUGGACAUAGUCAACCUCUACCACAUUGUCACCAGAGAAGGAGGCUGGGAUGCUGAGCUGGACUGGAAGGACGUGCUGUCAGGAGGCGAGAAGCAGAGGAUGGGCAUGGCUCGCAUGUUCUACCACAAGCCUAAAUAUGCGCUGUUGGAUGAGUGUACCAGCGCCGUGAGCAUCGACGUGGAGGGAAAGAUUUUCCAGACCGCUAAGGACACCGGCAUCUCUCUGCUCUCCAUCACACACAGACCCUCCCUGUGGAAGUACCACACCCACCUGCUGCAGUUCGACGGCGAGGGAGGCUGGCGCUUCGAGCAGCUGGACACGGCGACGCGCCUCUCCCUCACCGAGGAGAAGCAGCGGCUGGAGGCCCAGCUGGCCGGUAUUCCCGAGAUGCAGCAUCGCCUCAACGAGCUCUGCAAGAUCCUGGGAGACGACUCUGUCCUCAAGACAGUCGAGGAGUGAGAGAGAGAGAGAGGAAGGGAAAAGGGAAGAGGCCCAGAGGGGAAAAGAGGUGGGGGGAGGAGGAGAAGAGAGUGUGGGAGACAAAGAGGCAAUGGAAGAAUGAGAAAUCUCUACGGUUUUUUUAGUGUUAUUCUCAGGCUUAGAUUUUCUUUUGCUUGUUCAGAUUUUUUUUUCUUUUGCCCCGAGCCUCUCCUCCGUUAAAGCAGCCAGUCUUUCAGCUCUCCUUUCUCCUCUCCCUCUUCUUUUAAUCUCUCCUUUGCCCCGCUCCAACACCGAGAAAUGGAGGGAGGAGAGUGAAGCUGAUCCACAAAGUAUUAUUCCCCCCCUUCUGACGCACAUCGACUGCAUACUAGAUUUAAAAAACGUUUGGUUUUUAGCGCACAUCAUUUUUUCAACAUUCAAUUUGCCACAGUUCAAAACAAAUGGCAAAAAAAAAAUAAUCUAAAAUUAACCAAGAUAAUUUAUUUGUUUGUUUUUAUAGCACUUUACUCUGCUUCUAGAGGGCUGUUUCUCGUUUUGUUGUUGUAGCUCACAGUGAAAUGAGGUGAUAGCUGUGUUUUGUUAGCUGGAAAACUUUGAACAUAUAGAACCACUUUAAUAAUGUCCAAAGCAGUAUUCCACGCCCAGUUCCGCUGGGUCGUGCAGGAUCCACGUUUGUUAUAAUUUUAGCUGUAGAUUUUAGUUUUUUUUCUGAACUUAAUGUGGCCGAGAGGUCAAAAGAGACUAUUUUUCAAAAAAUGUCACAAUAUGCCUUUUGUUUGAUUUUUGUGUAUCUGGCCGCAGUACAAUCCCUUUCCUUAUACCUCAUCUUAUCCCUGGGACCAUGUAUGUAGUCUCAAUUGCAGACAGCGAAGAAAAAGAGCCAAUCUAAAGUCUAUUAUUAGAGCGAUUAGUGACGCAGGUCUGACUCCAAAACUAUAGGUUUCUGGUUUAUUGAACAAAUACAAUGAGCUAAAGAGGCCCUCUUCAAAGGACGAGGAGCAAAGAGCAAGCUGACCCCGGUAGUCCGGUCUAUGAAUAGUCACACAUGUAUACUGUUCAUGAAUGAACAUGUAGACAUCCAAACUAUAACGUUCACACGCUAGCCACCUGUUGAAACUCGCCCCGUGUUGACACAAAACACACUCGUGUGCCAGAUGCCUGCUGGGACUCAGCAGUUUUGAGCCUGUUUAGAUGCACUGGACAACGGGCGAAUACAUUACGCUAAUUUACUUUAUAUAAAUUAGAUGAUGAUGUAAAAAAAUACUUUGAUUUGAUUUCUCACCUUUCUAAAAAAGUGAAUUUAAUGUCACGAAGUGUGUUUACAUGCACUUGUAUAUUUUAGAUAAUACUCCACAUAUUAUUAUGUUAAAAUAUAUGAGGCCUUAUUGGGUUUUAUCUGAUUAGCGUAUGACAUAAUAGGGCUAAUAUACAGUCAGUUGGAGGUCAGACUAAUGGCUGGCGUACAUCUCGGCCACAUACAAGAAUGAAAUUACUUAGUUUGUUUUUAGCUUCCUAUGUUUGUUACCAGCGACUUAUCUGAAGUUGUGAUACUGUGAAAUUAGUGAUUUGUUGCAUUAACAUUAUUUUUGUUCUCAUGAAAAAAAGAAGAAGUCCUAAACGCUGUGUUCUCAUGUGGUGGUUCUGAGCUGUGUGUUUGUGCUUACUGUGUCAUCGCAUAAAGAGUCAGAGGAAAAGUAAAUUAGGCGAUUUUGCCUCCCAGAUUGCACUGAGUGAAAUAGGAGAGGGGAUCAUGGAUGUUUUCAGGUUUCACCAUAAGCAUGUAGACUUCAUUUUUGAGGUUUAAUACAUUCAAUUGGGCCUGAAGCUUAAGAAAUAAAAAUGAUCACUGCAUUUGAAAAGCAAAAAAAGCACCCAGAAACAUUUGCAUUUCUUUUUUUGUGCUGUGUGACUCAAACGUUUCCCUCCUUUACAACCCCUUAGUACAUUACAGAACCACUUAAGAAACAUGAAUAUGGUGAAAUCUUAAUGUACGAGUGGUCCAGAUGCCACUUCAAAAACAGGAGAACCUCUGGACUUCUGUAUGUUAUCCUCACACUGUACCGCACACAGGACUCAAUCCAUGUCACAGUGUAAUAUCAAGUCACCUCACUGGUUAGAACGCCACUAUUUCUGUUAUUAUGUCUCUUGGUUUGGUUAACACACCACCGUGUCAGAGAGAAUGUACAAUCAGUCACAUCAUCAAUCAGCAGAAUACAAACAAAGUGCACUGCUGUAUUUCAAACUACUCGGUUUGUUUUUGUUGUGCAAAGAAAAAAGUAAAUGAGCUCUGGUUUUAGGUAAAAACAACACACGUGCAUCAUCUGAUUUGUUAAUGUAAAUUGCUGAGUAUGUCUCCCUCAGGCCUUUUUUGUUAGACUGAGCUGGGGCUGCAUCCAAAGUGCAACAUCUUCGCUCCAUUGAAACCUUUGCAACCUCCUCUUUUGGCUUUUAGUGUAAAGUUCAAGACCCAUUUGGAUGCAGCCCUGCUCUGCUCAGGAUGAUGGCUGCUAGGUUACAGAAGGACAAUUUUUUUCCCCCUUAAAUGUGACUGGAGAAGAAAAAAAAAAUUAAAAAUGGAAAUGUCAAUGCAUCCCUUUAAUAUAUAAAGGGAUAAUAAUAAGUGGAAUGCUCUCUUAAUAUAAUCUGGACUGCAAAAAAAAAAGAAAAAAUGACGCUUUCCUUUGGUAUGCAAGAGAGCAUCGUAGACAG